AACCGCCAAACGCUGGAAAAACUGGAAAUGAAUCAAAGAUGGCAGCGUCCAUGGACAACACACUUCGGUACGGGGUACCCCGAUUAUCGCUAAAAUUUAGCAUCUUCUGCCAAGUUGGAUUGCUUUUGUUACUGUGCUUAUCAAACACGGUACUUCUGACCCUGAAAUGGCGAUUGAAUCUGGUUGAGAAUGCUGUAUAUUCAAUAAGAACUUUCUCAAUUGUGUACGGAAUUUUGCAGUUGUUUUUGUACGGUGUUGUUUUGCGAGAGAAAGACUCGGACUCAGUUGUGUACAAGUCUAGCAACAGGGUUACAGUGACCAGCAAGAUUUCUGGACUCCUCAAGUGUGCGUUGUGGUUCACUCUCAGUUGCUUAGUUCUUCACAUCGUCAUUGUUCUCUUUGGAGCCGCAGUUCAAGAAGUUGUUGAAGAGACUUCCAUUUUGGCUGUCCUGUUGUCCACGUUGAGUACCCUGCCUUGUCUGUGCGUAUUAGGCACCAACAGCGAGGUAUGGAACCGCUUCACUGCGCAAAGGAGACCCCAGCCAGGUCUGGAGACGUGUGUCCAGUAUGCAGCUCUGGCCAGUCUGCUGGGUGCUUGGAUGGGGGCGUUCACCAUUCCUCUGGACUGGGACAGGCCCUGGCAGGUAUGGCCCAUUCCCUGUGCAAUUGGAGCAUUACUGGGCCACACGGCAGGCGUUUUUGCGGGACUGAUCCAUCUGAUCUCUCUCUCAGCCAAGCAGCACAUGAAGGGGAAGAACAAAAGCUUUUAAGAGUGGACUGGUGAAAUCUGAUCCUCUCCAAGUUUGACCUACAGGGGGCUCACUUUCUCUUGAUCUUGGAGCUGACUGUGAUGUUCCUCACCAUAGACCCUGCAAGUUGACCUGGAAAACUUGUGAGACUAUACAGUACAUCCGGGCACCAUGUAUUGGAUCUACAACGUGUUGUACCAUCUGCUGUCUUGCAUUUACUUUGUGUCCUGGCUAAGCUUUUACCCAGGCAUUCGCUCAUACCCCUGCCCUGCAAACAGGACGCUGGUCAAGGCUGACAUCAUUUGAGCUCUCAUUGGAUAGAUUUGCGUGACCUGUGACGUAGAACGCGUCGCACAAUUUAGCUUCCAGUGCCCAUCAUGCGUAGCGCGUGCAAGCUGCAUGCAAAGGUCAAUCUGUACUUCCUUCACAAGAUUCUGUGAAGCUCAUCAGCCCUUACCAGCGCCCUGUUUGCAGGGCGAGAGGUACGAGCGAAACCCAGGCAAGGGCAAUAAUUGGGUUCUGUGUCUGAGUCUGUGACUAGACUAGUCAGUGUUUGGUAUGAAGACGUUCGCUUGAAAAGUGAAUGUGAAUUGGCAAGGCAUGCUCUGUUGCAAUGGAGAUUGAUUAAGUGCAAAAAAGACCAUGGACCUAUAUUAAAUUACUAGAGCGCUAACUCCUUAUUCUUGCGCACAGAGAUGCUUUAAAGCCGUCCUGGGCACAUUUUGAAUUCAUGUGCGUGUUUGUAGAAUCUAAAGAAAUGAGAUGGAUUGAAUUUUGAAAGUGUACUCUAAAUGCAACGCGCAAGUAGAACGUACGCAAACAACUUAAGCGCGUCAUGACGCUUCAAAAAAAGUCACGGCAAAAAUCGUCUACAGCAGAUACGAACACACGUUGCGCUGUUUGCGUAGAGCAAAAAUGAAACGCUCAUUUGCUGAUCGUGCGUUUUGGUUUUGGGCGUAUCGGCUUCGAUGACGCACCGGUAUGGAAUACAAACGCAGAUAUGCAAAUAGACGUACAAAAUACGUACAGAAUUUCUAGUUUUCCAUAGUUUGUGUACAAACAUGGAUGCGUUCAGCAGGCAUCACUUUGUACAUGAGUUAGCGCUCUAGUAAUUAAUAAAGCUCUAUGAAAAAUUUCCAUUAUUCCAUUCAUAAAUGCGGCGCCCUUUUUUUUGGUUUUUUGGUAAAUGUUCAACUGUCAUUUUUGCACAGGCUCCAUUUCGAAUAUGCGAAACAUUCGAUGCUCAAAAUUCGACCACUUGGUCCGCAAUGAAAAAGAAAUCACAUCCGGUAUGGUGUGUAUGCAUUUCUAUGGCAAAAUUUUUGGAUAGUUUUUGCGUGCAUUGGCUAACCGCGGUCUACAGCUGCAGCCAGAUGCUUUAUACAAAGGUCAUGAUAAAUUACCCAGAAUGCCAUCCCCACUUCCUUCACAAGAUUCUGUGAAGCUCAUCUGCCCUUCCCAGCGCCCUGUUUGCAGGGCGGGGGGUACGAGCGAAACCCUCCCUUAUCAUAAAAAUUUAAUAGCGCCCUGUAUAUCAUUAACAAGACUCUGACUCGAUAAAAUUAAACUUGUAAAAACAAAUUAUAUUUACAUCCAUUUAUUAAACAACGCAAAAAAUACCCCACUCCAAAUUUGGAACGGGGUGUUUACAAGGUUGUUUUACAAGGACUUAACAGCAAAAAUCUCUGUGAAAGUCAUCAAAAAGAACAGGGAGUUUGUUGUUUUUGCUUAUAUACAAUGAAUGUUAACAAGUAUCGUUGAAACUGUUUGCAGUUCUACAGCAUCCCUGCUAAAGUUUAACUGUUGAAAACUGGCUCGUUGCGAAUGUUUAAUCUGUUUUAAUCGAUGUUGCAUAUUAAAUAUAAACGGUAAAUUAAAUUA